AUGUUGGAUUUUCCAGGAUACAGUGUGUCUGGCGCAGUUGCCUCUUUCUUCUUCAUACUGCUCAGCAUGAGGCAGCCAGAUAACUGGAGAGUGAUUAGUUCUACACAUCCUAUCCUGGCCAGGAUUGGGGAAGAUGCCCUACUAACCUGUCAGCUCCUCCCCAAGAAGACCGCAAUGCAUAUGAAGGUGACAUGGUACCGCUCGGAGCCCAGCACACCUGUGUUUGCAUCCUGGGAUGGAGCUGAUGCGACCGAGAUGCAGAUGGAGGAGUACAGAGGCCGGGUAGAGUUCAUAAAAGAUGGCAUUCAUGAGGGGAAUGUGGCUCUGAAGAUAAACAACAUCCAACCAUCUGAUAAUGGGCAAUACUGGUGCCAUUUCCAGGAGAAUAACUAUUGUGGAGAAACAAGCUUGCUGCUUAAAGUAGCAGGUCUGGGGUCUGCCCCUUACAUUCACAUGGAGGGACCUGCGGAAAGUGGAGUCCAGCUCGUGUGCACUGCAAAAGGCUGGUUCCCAGAGCCCCAGGUUUAUUGGGCAGAUAUCACAGGAGAGAAGUUGCUGGCUGUCUCUGAGCAUUCCAUCCAAGAUGACAAUGGCCUAUUCUAUGUGGAAACCACUCUUGUGGUCAGGAAUGAUUCUGUGGAGACCGUGUCCUGCUUCAUUCACAACCCCAUCCUCAAUGAGGAGAAGAUCUCAAUCAUCUCCAUUCCAGAGAAACUCCAGAAUGAGCUAGCUUCUUUAAAAGUGAUUGGACCUUCCGAACCCAUCCUCAUCAGAGUGGGUGAAGACAUACAAUUAACCUGUUACCUGUCCCCCAAGACUAAUGCACAGAGCAUGGAGGUGAGGUGGGUCCAAUCACACCGUUAUCCUGCUGUUUACAUGUAUGCGGAUGGGGAACAUGUGACUGAAGGGCAGAUGGCAGAAUAUAGAGGGAGGACAAUGUUGGUGAGUGAUGCCAUUGAUGAGGGGAGACUGACCCUGCAGAUACACAAUGCCACAACGUCAGAUAAUGGGCAGUACCGGUGCCUUUUUGGAAAAGAUGGUGUCUAUCAGGAGGCCAGUUUCGAUCUGAAGAUAGUAGGUCUAGGUUCUUCCCCAUUGAUCACCAUAAAGGAACAGAAGGAUGGAGAAAUAGAGCUGAUAUGCAGUUCAGAAGGGUGGUUCCCAGAGCCCCAUGUGCAAUGGAAGGAUAUGGAAGGAAAGAUAAUACCAUCAUUUUCAGAGGUUCUGACUGAAGGCAGCCAUGGGCUGUUCCAUGUGGAGACAUCUCUACUGGUCACAAACAGCUCUAUUGUGAACAUAACUUGUUCCAUUAACAACCCCCUUCUUGAUGAGGAGAAAAUAGCAACUUUUUCUCUCUUAGAGCCCAUGAUGAGUUUUUCAUGGAAGAUAGUGCUUAUUUGGAUAUUACUUCUUGUUGUACCUGUAGGCCUGCUCAUGAGGAAGAGCUGUAAAAAAGUGAAUGUGACAUUGGAUCCAAAUACAGCUCACGCAGGACUGAUCCUUUCUGAGGGAUACAAGCAUGUGACCCAUGAACAUUCAUGCAGCCAUACAUCCGAGACAUUCAACAGCUUGCUCAAUGUGCCAGGCCAGGAGGGGCUGAUGUCAGGAAAUGGUACUGAGAAAUGGAGGUUGGAGACAAGACAGUAUAGGUCCCAGGCCAAAAACACAACAGCACCCAGGAAAAUCCCAAGUAUGAAGAAAGUCCCAGCAAAUGCUACCUUCCAAGGAGAGGUCCUAGGGAAGAAGGAUUCUGAUACAGAGGCCCCCAAAACCUGA